CGAGAAUUCAUUCUGUGUUGGGACAAGAACAAUGGAGUUGCUCACUAUCUUACUUCUGGCGGUCGCCGCGUGCGCCACGGGUAACUAUGUCCGUGUGUGUUACCACACCAAUUGGUCCCAGUAUCGUCAGGGCAGGGCCAAGUUUUGGCCUGAGGACAUCCCCGCAGACCUUUGCACUCACUUGAUGUACUCCUUCGCCAAAAUCAACCAGAAAAACGAGCUGGCGAUGUACGAGUGGAACGACGAUAAGCUGUACCCAAGGUUCAACGCGCUCAAGCAGAAGAACCCUGAGUUGAAGACACUGUUGGCCGUCGGUGGGUGGAAUCACGAGAACGCCAACUCUCCCUUUAGUCGAAUGGUGAAAACCGCUGCCACCAGGAAGGUGUUUAUCGACUCUGUCAUCCGUAUCCUGAGGACAUGGGGGUUUGAUGGUCUAGAUCUCGACUGGGAGUACCCCGCGACCAGGGGAGGCUCACCUCCCGAAGACAAACAGCGCUUCACUGUUCUCUGCCAGGAGUUGAUGAACGCAUUCAUCGCCGAGGGUAAGCAGACAGGCAAACCAAGACUCCUCCUGACUGCCGCCGUAUCCGCCGGAAAGAACACUAUCGACAAAGCGUACGAAGUAGAGAAAAUCGGCAAGAUCCUGGAUUUGAUCAAUCUGAUGGCGUAUGACUUGAGAGGAAAGUGGGAGCCGCAAACUGGUCAUCACACCUCACUAGAAGGCCCUCCUGGCGAAAUCCUGACUGUCAAGUUUGCUACCCAAUACUGGAUCGACAUGGGGGCUCCUCCUAGUAAGAUCGCACUUGGCUUGGGAACAUACGGCCGCUCCUUUAAGCUUACCUUUAAGGAAAAAAACGGUAUCGGCGCACCAGCCAACGGUAACCCGCCCCGUGGACCUUACACUAGAGAGUCAGGUUUCCUGUCCUACUACGAGAUUUGCGACAUGAUGCCCAAGAUGAAGACCAUGAAGACGGACCAAAGCGAGGUCAGAGCUCCCUACGGGUACGUCAAGCAGGACUGGGCCGACGUAUGGGUGGGAUAUGACGACGAGAGAAGCCUCCAGCUCAAAGUUGAAGAGGUUAUCAAGGCUAAGGGAUUGGCCGGGGCGAUGUUCUGGGCCCUGGACCUGGAUGACUUCGAUGGCUCAUCAUGCGGCAAAGGCAACUACCCCCUGAUGAACGCGGUCAAGAAAUACCUCGGAGGGUACGUCCCUCCCCCGCCCCCUACAGGGACCCUACCCCCACCACCGGUGACGCCACCCCCUGGACCAGAGACACCUCCCCCACCAGACACACCUGCACCUCCCGUGCCGCCCACUGAAGCCCCGCCUACUGCUCCACCCACAGGAGGUUCCUGCGUAUCUAUCCCUCCUUUUAAAAGCGCUAACAUGGAUGUAUGGUGCACAACUAACUGCGCCGUUGGUUUCUGCCCCGCAACCCACUGCAAGUGCUCCUAGGCCAUCAAACCCCAGUAUGGACUAGGUCGUAGCGAAAGGUUUGAAUGUACUGGUGGAGUCGUAAUAAACUAAAAUUGAAUGAC